AGCAACUCUAUUCUGUGCCAAGACAUUUCGAAAAAUGCCCGGCGCCAAGGCCAAUUGCACGACUGUAAGUAAAUAAGCAUUGGAAAUCUCUGUGGUAACCAUCCCGAGUUAUGCGAUUUGUGGAGUUUAUCAUGCAUCAAUUGCUGCCUUGGCCUCAAGGCUGUGCUAUUGUUCAGUAGUAUGUUGACACAGCCCGACUAUUUAGCAUUUUGUUGCAGGUUCAUAUCAGCAUUGCCAUUUCUACAAAUUGAAGCUGAGUUGCCUGAGAUAGGCCUGGAAACCCUUCAACCUCCAUCUUACUGUUCAAUUCUUUUCUCCAGAUUCCUGUAUUUCAAGUCUAGCCUCAUCUUCCACCAUGGCGAAGAUCCGAUUUGUGGUGGACCACGUCCGUUAUUUCUUCGAUAGCUCUUACUUCGAUGGUCGCCACAAGACGAAGAUACAUAUCCUACAGAUAGUGCUGGUAAUACUCAUGAUCGGACUGACCGGUGGACGUAUUGCGACCAUACCAUCGGGCCGGCAGGUGUCGAGAGGUGAUACGCUUGGAAUAGUGAUGGGUAUCAAAACCCUGGUCGUCAUCACAUACCAGCUCGUGACCUCACAUGUCGGUCGGUUUCGAAAAUGGCAAAGUCUCAAGGCAUAUGCAGUUCUCAACUCCCUCGAAGUUUUAUUUUGGUUCACAGUAAUCAUCAUCAGCUUGAUGGGUAUAUCCAGUUACUGCCAGGGUGCCAAUUGUGGAUUGUCCUGGCUUGUCGUCCUAGUUGCCACAUCGUUACUUGUACUGGCAUUCUGGACAGCUGUUGUUUCAAUCAGUGACCACCGUCAUUAUAGAUCAACUGGCACGCAACGCCAGUCAUUCACGCCGAAGGAAAACCAAGUGGACCCAGCAUAUUGA